AUGAAGUUCAGAGAUGGAAGUGAAAUCACUCUGCUAGUAUUGUUAUUAUGCUUAACAACUCUGUCUCUUAAAAUAGAAGCUGUGUGGAUGACAAUUCCGAGUUCAGGAACUAAGUGCGUAUCUGAGGAUAUCCAAACCCACGUUGUCGUUUUAGCUGAUUACUAUGUUGUAACUGAAGAAGUUCCUCAGCUUCAAACAAUUUCCGCCAAGGUAACUUCUCCUUAUGGAAACAACCUUCACCAUAAUGAAAAUGUUACACAAGGGCAGUUUGCGUUUACAACUACCGAAAGUGGAAAUUAUGUUGCGUGUUUUUGGAUGGGUGGAAAUCAACAAGAAGGUGCAACUGCAACUGUAAACCUUGAUUGGAAAACUGGAAUUGCGGCCAAGGAUUGGGAUUCUGUUGCAAAGAAAGAAAAGAUUGAGGGUGUUGGACUUGAACUCUUGAAGCUUGAAGGAAUAGUGGAUGCCAUCCACCAAUAUCUAACUUACUUGAAGGACAAGGAAGCAAAGCUGAGGGAGGUGAGUGAAAAAACAAAUGCUAGAGUCGCAUGGUUUAGCAUCAUGUCUCUUGGUCUCUGCAUUUCUGUUUCGGCAUUGCAACUUUGGUAUCUCAAGAGCUACUUUACAAAGAAGAAACUCAUAUAG